AUGGCUAUAUUCCUCUCAAUCAAAGUUCAUUUCCAAGGUGUGUUCAUCAACAAACCUUUUUGCUAUUCUGAUGGUGUUCAUCAUGUGUUCAAGAACGUCGAUUUUGCUGGUAUGUCAUAUAAUGAGUUUGUGAGUUUUCUUAAACGAUUCACACAAGAGAAGUGUAAGAAAGUUUAUUAUUGUCAACCCGAUUUACAAAUCCCAGAAGGUUUAACCUUGAUUUCAAACGAACGUCAAUAUCAAGAAUUUAUAGACAUUGAUUAUGAAUGUGGAGUACAAGUUUCUGUUUACAUGGACCAUUUUGGUACUACUGUGCAUGUAACGAAGGCAAAUGAAAAUGAAAUUGAGGAUAAUUGUUUUGUUAAGACAAACAUGUCAAUCAAAGGGGAAGAAGGUAUUGACCUAACUGAAAUUCAGAGUCCACAAGAAACCAACAUGGAAGGAGUAACCUAUGAAGGAGUAAGUCAGGGUAAUGGAAUGAGGAGGAAUGGUACCAAUCAUACAUACCCAAUAGCUUGGGUUGUAGUUUGUGUUGAAAAUAAAGACAAUUGGAAAUGGUUCUUAGAAAACUUGCAAGAAGAUCUGCAUCAUGAAGGUGGUUUUGGUAGGACAUUGAUGUCAGAUCAACAUAAGGGGAUAAUUGAAGCUGUGAAAGAUUUAUUUCCAGAGAUAGAACAUAGGGAAUGUGUCAGGCAUGUUCUUUCCAAUUUCAAGAAGAAAUUCCCUAGGGCUCAAUAUUAG